AGCAAAACAACACACAAAAAAGCAGAGCUCAAACACGGACAUACGAUUGUCAAAACUCUACCUCACACCCAAAACUAAGCCUUCAAUUUGACCUUGAACUCAAACCCAGAUCACCAAAUCAAUGGCCACCUCCGCCACCACCACCACCACCACCAAGGCGCCACCGACUCGGAAAGAGUCACAGGGCUUACUUUUAGACCGGUAUGAAGUUGGAAAACUCCUUGGCCAUGGAACUUUUGCCAAAGUCUACCUUGCGAGAAACAUAAAGACCAACGAAAGUGUAGCUAUAAAGGUCAUUGACAAAGAGAAGAUCCUCAAAACGGGCCUCAUGGCUCACAUAAAGCGCGAGAUCUCAAUUCUCAGGCGGCUACGCCACCCAAAUAUUGUUCAACUUUUCGAGGUAAUGGCUACAAAAUCCAAGAUCUUCUUUGUAAUGGAAUAUGUAAAGGGUGGUGAACUCUUCAACAAGGUAGCUAAAGGUAGAUUAAAAGAAGAAAUAGCAAGAAAGUACUUCCAACUGUUGAUUUCAGCUGUUGGGUUUUGCCAUGCUCGUGGUGUUUAUCAUAGAGAUUUAAAACCUGAAAAUAUAUUGCUUGAUGAGAAUGGUGAUUUGAAAGUUUCAGAUUUUGGGCUUAGUGCUAUAUCGGAACAGAUAAAGCAGGAUGGUUUGUUCCACACAUUUUGUGGAACACCAGCCUAUGUUGCCCCUGAGGUUCUUGCGAGAAAAGGGUAUGAUGCAGCUAAAGUUGAUAUAUGGUCAUGUGGAGUGAUUUUGUUUGUGUUAAUGGCUGGUUAUUUACCAUUUCAUGAUCAGAAUGUCAUGGCUAUGUAUAAGAAGAUUUAUAAGGGUGAAUUUCGAUGUCCCCGAUGGUUUUCUCCUGAAUUGAUCCGGUUAUUGACUCGACUUCUUGAUGCCAAUCCUGAAACCCGGAUGACAAUUCCAGAGAUUAUGAACAAUAGAUGGUUCAAAAAGGGGUUUAAGGAUGUUAAAUUUUAUUUUGAGGAUGAUAGGUUGUGUAGUGUUCAGGAUGAUGGGGUAGACUCUUGUUCGGAACAGUCAUUGUCUGAAUCAGAUUCAGAGGAGGAGAGCCGGAGGAGGCUCACGAGUUUACCAAGACCCGCGAGCUUGAAUGCAUUUGAUAUAAUUUCAUUUUCGCCUGGCCUUGAUUUAUCUGGAUUGUUUGAGGAGGGAGGAGAGGGGGCAAGGUUUGUUUCAGGGGCACCUGUGUCAAACAUUAUCUCGAAAUUGGAAGAAAUUGCGAAGGUGGUGAGUUUUACAGUGAGGAAGAAGGAUUGUAGAGUGAGUUUGGAAGGGUCGAGGGAGGGAGUGAAGGGACCGUUGACGAUUGCAGCUGAGAUAUUUGAAUUGACACCGUCAUUGAGGAUGGUGGAAGUGAAGAAGAAAGGAGGGGAUAGAGGAGAGUAUGAGGAAUUUUGUAAACAAGAAUUGAAGCCUGGUUUGCAGAAUCUUAUGUUGGAAGAGUCUGUGGAAACUUCACAUUUGCCAUCAGAUACUGAAUAGAGGCGGGAAGAACAGAAAAGGGCUUUGAAACACUAGUUUUCACAGUGCUGGAAGUACACCUCUCAUGGUCUUGGGAACCAAAACUCCAGAACUUCAAUAAUGUAUUCAGAGCAAUGUCCAUUGUCAUGCAAAUUGAAUACCACAGCUUUCUGUUGUCAAUUAUAUAGUACCUUCAUCGACAUGUUCGACAUAACUACAGAUGCUUAUUUGGAUCAAAUUGAAGCAAAUUGUGAAUCACAGACACUUAUAUGGAACACUACUUCCUCUGUAGUCACCCAGCUAUGGAUUAAUGGCACCCCAAUCUGAGCAAGGUGAAUAGCAAGGUUAUGUAUACACUGUUGCCAAAGGUAUCUUGAACUUAGUUUUAUGGCUGACUAUUCUACUGGAUCUUAAAGCACGGUGCCUACCUUAUUAUUUUCUCUGCAUAUUUCUUGUUCAAGUAAGAUGUAAUCGCAUUACAGUUGGUCACACCCGAAUUUCUUAUUGUACUUUAUGUAAUAGUUACACUGAUUCAAGCCUAUGUUCUCUUGUG